AAAUUUUUAUUUGGAAACGAAAAUAGUGAAAACUAGUAUCGCGGAUGUAUGUAUGAUUAUGUUUGUCCAAACUAAAUGCUUUCGUCAGAUGGUAUCAUUCAAGUCUUGUAAAGGAACGAUUAUGAUUAUUUGUCGCGGUUUUAGGCAGACUCGCAAACUGACUUGUAAUGAUACAAAAAUGCCGUUCACACCUGUUGAGACACCGAAAUGCCCAAAAUGCGGCAAAUCCGUUUAUGCCGCUGAAGAGAGAGUAGCUGGUGGUUACAAGUUCCACAAAACCUGUUUCAAAUGCGGACUAUGCAACAAAGCCUUGGACUCCACAAACUGCACAGAACAUGAAAAAGAACUGUUUUGCAAAAAUUGCCAUGCCCGUAAAUAUGGACCAAAAGGCUACGGCUUCGGAGGUGGUGCUGGAUGUUUGUCGAUGGAUACUGGUGCACAUUUGAACAGAGAUGACAUUGAUGGUGUGCGCAAUGGGGCACGCUUGGAGCCACGAGUAAUAGCUAAAGCUCCGGAAGGACAAGGGUGUCCCAGAUGUGGAGGUUACGUCUAUGCGGCUGAACAGAUGUUGGCACGUGGCAGACAAUGGCACAAGGAGUGUUUUAAGUGUGGAAACUGUUCCAAAGGCCUAGAUUCAAUCCUUUGCUGCGAAGGUCCGGACAAAAAUAUUUACUGCAAAGGCUGUUAUGCUAAGAAAUUCGGACCCAAAGGCUAUGGAUAUGGUCAAGGCGGUGGUGCACUUCAGUCUGACUGCUACGCAAAUGGUGAUAUGGCGCCAAAGGUUGCAGAUAUAGAUGUUGGAAAGAUACAAGCUCGCCCAGGCGAAGGCUGCCCGCGUUGUGGUGGCGUGGUCUUUGCUGCAGAGUUGGUGCUAUCGAAGGGUCGCGAAUGGCACAGGAAGUGUUUCAAAUGCAGAGAUUGUACAAAAACUUUGGACUCUAUCAUUGCGUGCGAUGGACCUGACAAAGAAGUGUACUGCAAAACUUGCUAUGGAAAGAAAUGGGGUCCUCACGGUUACGGAUUCGCAUGCGGAUCCAGUUUUUUGCAAACCGAUGGCAUGACCGAAGAUCAAAUUUCCUCCCAGCGACCAUUUGUGUGUCCUGAUACUACGUCAAUAAAAGCACCUGAAGGCGAGGGCUGCCCACGCUGCGGCGGAGCUGUUUUUGCUGCUGAGCAACAGCUCUCCAAAGGUCGUAUGUGGCAUAGGAAGUGCUACAACUGCACUGAGUGUCAUCGCCCGCUGGACUCGAUGCUUGCCUGCGACGGACCUGAUAAGGAUAUUUACUGCAGGGCUUGUUAUGGCAAACGAUUUGGCCCGAAAGGAUUCGGCUAUGGACACGCACCAACACUGGUGUCGACUUCUGGUGAAUCUACCAUUCAAUACCCCGAAGGUAAACCAUUCACUGGACCGCGUUCGUCGGGAGGCUGUCCACGGUGCGGUUAUGCGGUCUUCGCUGCUGAGCAAAUGAUUAGCAAAAGCAGAAUUUGGCACAAACGUUGCUUCCAUUGUGCUGAUUGUAGAAAGUCCCUCGAUUCAACCAAUUUAAAUGAUGGUCCCGAUGGUGAUAUUUAUUGCAGAGCGUGUUAUGGUCGAAAUUUCGGACCAAAAGGUGUUGGUUUCGGGCUUGGUGCAGGCACCCUGACAAUGACAUAAAGUACUUUUCCAAAUAAUAACUAUGUAUAAAUAUAUACAUAUACAUACAUAUGUACAUAUGUAAACGUAUAUGUAUGUGAAUACAUAUAAAUCCAAAGAAGAAAACAAAACACAAAAACGAACUUAACGAAACGCAAACGGCUAUAAUUUUCAGUACGAAGUAGGUAUUAAAAAACAAAAAAAAAAACUUAAACUCGACUAAAACAACGAUCUAAUUAAA